AUGUUAGAGUCCAUUGUCUCUACUCUAUUGAAUAGAGUUUUAGGUGCCUAUGUCUCUAAUUUGAAUUACAGUCAGCUUAAAGUUGGAAUCUGGUCAGGUUAUCUUGGUGAACUUACUUUAACUAUUCCCUGGAAUAAUUUAAGAGGAAAGCCUGUUGUAAUUAAUGUCAAUGAUGUCUUUGUUUUAGCAGUUCCAAGGAAUGAGUCCACUAUGACUGCAGAGGAGCUUGCACAAAGAGACCAGGAAGCUAAAAUGAGAAAACUAGAAAAUGCAGAAAUUACAAUAGAUACAAAUCAGCAUGAUAUAUCACAAGAUGCUAAAAAUGAUACAUUUGCUAAUCAACUUUUAAUAAAGAUUUUAAAUAAUCUGCAGUUUUCUAUUACAAAUAUACAUGUCCGAUACGAAGAUAAUAUUUCUACUGAUCAUCAAUUUGCUGCAGGUAUUACGUUGAGUGAAUUGUCUGCUAUUACGACAGAUGAAAAUUGGAUUGCAAAUACAAUAAGUGAAGCCGUGAAUAUUAUCCAUAAGUUGGUUACUUUAGAAUCAUUGACUAUUUAUUGGGAUACAAAUACAUCAACUUUAUCUCAAAAUGAAAACCAUUCGUUGUUUAAAAAUUUGAUUGCCACAAAGAAUCAUAUACCAAUAGAACAUCAAUAUGUUUUGAAACCAGUAUCAGGAACAGGCCGAGUCAAGUUAUUUAAGAAUUUUGGAGGUAGCACGCCUAAAAUCGAUGCAGCUCUCUUAUUUGACGAACUUUCAUUUACUGUUGAUAAUGAACAAUAUAGAGAUACCAUCUUGAUGAUUGACCUUUUUCAUUCCUAUCUUAAAAAGCAGAAAUAUAAGCAUCUUCAUCCACCACCUGAAGUGAAACCUAAAUCAAAUCCACUUGAAUAUUUCAGGUUUGCAGGCAAUGCUGUAUUAUCGGAAAUACAUGAACGUAAUCAGCGUUGGACUUGGAAUCGUUUAAAGAAGAGAAGAGAUGAUCGAAAGGAAUAUGUUGAAUGCUAUGUACAGCAUAAAUUAGAUAGAGCUUCUCUGGAACAGUUGGAAAGACUAAAGCAAUUAGAAUGGGAAUUAAGUUAUGAAGACCUUCGAUUUUAUCGUAGUUUGGCAAAGCCUAAGCUCCGUAGUGAGAAAGCACGAUUAGCUGCUAUUGAGAAGCGACGUAAAGAAGAAGCUGAAAAAAAUAAAAGUAAGCAGGGUUGGAGUAUCACUAAUUGGUGGUCUGGAUCAAACUCUACAUCAAAUUCAUUAAACAAUAAUAUCUCUGAGGAUGACGAGUUGAUCUUUACUGAGGAACAAAAACGUGAAUUCUAUGAUGUUAUUGAUUAUGAUGCUGAUAAAGCUGCUAUAGCAGCCUCUGUUGAUUUACCAAAAGAUACAAUGUUAUUAUCUUUAAGCACUUCACUUAACAAAGGCACAUUUACUGUACGUAAAAAUCCUCAUAAAAAUCAUGUCGAUUUGAUUUCGCUUGUCUUCGAUAAUGUCUCGCUAGGUAUGAUUAAAUAUAUUCAAUCCCUGACAGCGACUGCUACACUUGGUGACCUUUGCUUAUACGAUGGUCAGCGUAUCGAUUCACCUUAUUACAAACUAAUGAGUGCAAAAGAUAAAGAUAAUGAAGGAAUACGAAAAAGAAGAAAAUCAUCUUUGGCAAAUGCACUUAUUAAGGAUUCUGUAAAUGAUCCAUUUUUCACUAUUAAAUUUGAAUAUAAGCCAUUGGAUAAUCGUGCGGACAAUGCAAUUGCAUUAUUUAUGCGUAACAUUGAUAUUGUUUAUAAUCCAUUGGUUAUUUAUGAAAUUAUUGACUUCUUUACACCUCCUGAGACAAGCGCUGAUAGUAUUAAUGCUUUGAUUGAAGUGGCAGGUGACACAUUGGAGGAUAUUAAAAACCAAACACGCGCAAGUUUAGAAUUUGCAUUAGAUCAGCAUACAACCAUUGAUUUACAAAUUGAUAUGGAUGCACCUGUCAUCAUCAUUCCUGAAGAUUGUACUUCCAUUGAAUCACGUGGUAUUGUCAUUGAUGCAGGUCAUAUUAAUGUUGAGAGUAACUUGGCUCCUCCUGAGGCUUUGGCAUUAAUGAAAUCAAAAUCAACAAUAGAUGAUACCGCUAAACUGCGAGACCUCAUGUAUGACAGAUUUACUGUACAGUUAACUCAAACUAAAAUACUUGUGGGUGAUUCGAUUGAGACCUGUUUAGUACAAGUACGUAGACCUCGAGAUGAACUCAGCUAUCUUCACUUUGUAGACCCUAUCGAUAUGACAUUCUUAAUGGAGUUAUGUAUUAUCCGAAAAUCAAUUGAAAUGCCACGAUUUAAGAUAUCAGGCCAUUUGCCACUAUUGAAAGUUAAUUUUUCAGAUACCAAAUAUCGCGCUAUUAUGCAGUUACCACGUUUGAUUGAAGCCUCUGGUAUAUUGGGUAGCAAUGAUGAACAAAAUUUGAACAUACAAUACCCUUAUACCAAUGUGUUAGGAAAAAAUGGGAAGGAUUAUCAAUGGUUUGAAUUAUUGAAUACACAUUUAUGGACAGAAGGACAUGAAGAUAUUUUCUUUGAUACAGAUAGCGAAUUAGAUAGUGAACUCAAAGAGAAUUCCUCUGUUGAUAAGACAAUAAAUAUAGAAGGAACAGAAAUGGCUAGAAACUCUAGUCAUGGCACAGAAAAGAAAGAAACAAUUAACAUUGAAGAACGGGUAUUCGAACUCGAUUUUAAAGUGGAUCGUGUACUCGCCAAUGUUUUAGAGUCACAGAAACAAGAUACCACUAGUAGUCUUAUUUCAGAGACUUUAUUGUGCGAGGUGGACUUGCAAAACUUAAUUUUAAACUUAAAGAUGAGACCUAUGGAUAUGUCAGUCAAUGUUUCCUUAGAGUCCUUAGAUGUGACUGAUCGUAUGAAACAUGGGAAUGAAUUCAAAUACCUCAUUACAUCAGAUCAGUAUGCCUUUCAAUCUGAUGAAACACAACCUGAAGCAAAUAUAAAAAAUUUGGUCAAUGUAGAAUAUACUCGAUGUGAUAAAGCCAGUCCUGAAUAUAUGAGCAAAUACAAAGGAAUUGAUCAAACCGUUCAUGUAACACUCUCAACAUUGAAUUUCAUUGUAACGCAAAGUUCUGUAUUGACUUUAUACAAUUUCAUAUUGCAUACAUUUGUUGAUGAAGAGACUACUAGUACAUCAAACAGUAUCACAUCAAUUGAAUCUUCAAAUUCAACAGAUGUUGAGCUGCCAUUAAGUCAAGCGCCUCUUCCAUCGGCAGAGAAUUUAAACAAUGAAGGCAGUAGUAUCUAUCUUCGUCUCUUAUUGGAUAGUGUUAAUUUUGUUCUUAAUAAUGAUGGCGUUAGGUUAGCAACUGGUGAGUUAUCGUUAGGUGACUUAUCUACUAUCGUCGUUGAUGGACAAGUUAAUGUGGCUGCUAAAUUCGCUAACUUUACCCUGACAAAUAACUUGCCAAAUUCGAAUCAUGGAACUAAAAAUAUGAGCAAUAAUCAGCUUUUAACCAUUCAAGGUGAAGAAUUAAUUGAUCUUCGAUACAACUCAUAUAUCAAUGAUGGACGAGGAGGUUAUCCGGGCUAUGAUCAUGCACUUUAUGUUCGUAUGGGUUCUGCUCAAUUUAAUUUCUUGGAACAACCACUUCAUCAAUUUAUGGAUUAUCUGAGUAAAUUUGCGGAAAUGAAAGCUAUGUACGAUAUGGCUCGACAAGCAGCUUUAGAGUCUGCUCAACAACUUGGAGAGGUAGCGACGAAAAUGCAUUUUGAUGUUAUCAUUAAGACACCAGUUGUCUUAUUUCCUGAAUACCACCAACAUCCUUCAGAUGUUGUGGUUGCUCAUUUGGGUGAGAUUUGGGCAUUCAACACAUUUGCAGAUGAAGAAGACGGUUGCAUCAAUACCAUCAAGGCAGGCUUACGAGCUAUUAAUCUCACAUCCAAGUUUCAUUUUUCAACACAAUUGCAAACGUUACCUAUUGUGGCUGAUACUGACUUGAAUUUAGAUAUCAAAAUUCCUUUAGAGACAUCGGCCCAUCGUCCUGACAUUAAUAUUUGUGGUCAAAUUAAAGAUAUCUCCAUGCGUUUAACAGAGAGGCAGUAUUUAUUUUUAAUGGAAGCUAUCAAUAUGUUCUCUCGUGUUUUUUCGUAUGACUCUAAUGAAGAAAUAGAUGAGAAUAAGUCCACAAACAAUAUGUUGGUCAAUACGUCUCUUGGAAAUAUAAAGGAAUCAACUGUAUACAAAAGACCAACAGAGACGUUUACUGAAAAGGACAGAUCAAAGGAAUUACCCCGCAUUCGUUUCAGCCUAAAUGCUCAAACCAUAGGCUUGGAGAUUUACAUGGAUAAUAAAGAUGCUAAAGGCAACAUUCAAGAACCACCUAGUUUGGCUUAUUUCGCAUUAAAUAAUAUGGAAGCUACCUUUAAUAUGUUUAAGGAUGACUGUAUGAAUCUCAAUUUGGUUGUUCGUUCUUUAACUGUAGAUGACACGAGAUCAGGUAUUCGUAGCAAAUUCAAAAAUAUUGUGCCUGUCAUUAAAGAAGGACACCAAUUUGAACUUCAGUUAGAUCUGAAUGAGCCAGAUCCUAUUCGUUCGGGAAUCAUGAUCAUUACAAUCAAGGACCCAAGAGUUAUUUUGUCAUUAGAUCAUAGCUUCUUACUUUACAAUUUCUUCACUUUACCAUUCAAUACUGAAGCUAGCCAACAUAACGGCCAAGAGGAUGUCAAUCAACAAAAUAUUGAAGAGCAACCGCAAGGAAUAGACCUCUCUUAUCUCUUAAAUAUAAUAAAUGCUGAAUUUAUUUUAUUAGCUGAUCCUGAUCGUGCAGACUCUGAAGCUGUAGUUCUAUCAGCCAAAGAGGUUAUGAUUACUCAACAGACAAAGAUAGCGCUUGUCAUUAAACAAAUGGGUAUGUUUUUAUGUCGUAUGGACAUAAGAAAUAAAUCCACAUUGCGUUUUAUUCAGCCAUUUGAUGUUAAUCUAUCUAUGAAUGGGAACUCCAGAAACGACAAAGGUGGUCUUUUAACAGAUUUUGUGAUCAAUAUUGAUCCUCUCGUCUUGCGUCUCUCUUACCGCGAUGUGAUGCUAGUGACAGAUAUCUUCAAUAAGGCCUAUGAACUAUAUAAUGCCAGUAUUAAUAAUGCUCCAAAUCAAUUGACAUCUAAUAUGAACAAUACACAAAAAGGUCUUUUAUCUGCUACAGAAAUCAACCGCUUAAACGAAAUAGCACUGGCAGAGGAAUCACUCCGUAUUUCCUUUCAAGGGGCACAGAUUAUUUUGAUUGAGGAGCUUCAUGAAACACCCAUGAUUGAUAUGAACUUGAGCCCCUUUAAUUUGGAGAUUGCUAAUUGGUCGAAGGAUUUAUCAGCCACUGUCGAUUUCCAAUCGUAUAUCAAUUAUUUUAAUAUUAAAAAUUCUCAUUGGGAACCCCUUCUAGAGCCAUGGAACUUUGGACUAGAGUUCAAUCGUAAUCCAGUUAUCAAAAAUGAUCCCUUGAAAGUCAAAAUUAUUUCUAAUUCCAACUUGAAUUUGAAUAUUACUCAUACAUUUUUGGAAAGUUCCAUUAGCACGUUACGUUUGUUGGAUGAACAACAGAAUGCUGUUUACAGUGGCGAAAGAGGGCGUGUUGCACCCUAUGAAUUGAGAAAUCGAACAGGGUACAACAUCAUGGUUUGGAACACAACUGAUGAACCUACUAUUAAGGAGAUAAAAAAUGGAGGUAACUUACCAUGGUGGUUUGAAGACUGGAAAAAGCGACGUGAAACGACCACUUUUACUAGCAAUGAAUUAAAUAUUCAAAUUGAAGGAGCUAUCUGGGAGAGUCUUCGAAAGAUUAAUCUUAAUAGAGAAGGAGAGCAUAUGCAUGAUCUUCGUCCUAUGAUUAAUCAAGUUCAACAUCGUAUUGUUUUUGAGGUCAAGUUGGUAGAUAAUAUCAAGAUUGUUACGAUUCGAUCAUCGCUUGUUAUUGAAAACAGAACUUUGGUAUCUGUUGAUAUUGCAUCUGUUAAUCCUAAUGGUAAAAUAAGUAAGGCGAUCAAAAAGAUUCCUCCUGGUGAAGAUUAUCCUAUUCCUAUUGAAGAAGCAUAUACAAAUAAGUUUCUUAUUCGACCCGAUGCUGGCUUCGGUUACCGUUGGCCAGAGAAAGCUUUCCAUUGGAGAGAUUUUGCUAAUCCAGUCAAGCCACCCAAUACAUUCAACUGUGCUCCUGAAGAUAAUGGUAUACCUUCCUUUAUCUUUCAAAUUGCUGCACGUCUAGAUAAAAAAAGCAUAUUAUUUGGACAAUAUCCUGCUAUGGCUAUUCGUCUUAGUGCACCUAUUGAGAUUGAAAAUUUGCUGCCAUUUAAUUUCAAUUUUCGCAUUGUUGAUAAAACGUCUGGUCAAGACUUCAGCUCCUAUCUGCGUAAAGGUGGCGUGACACCAAUUCAUGUUAUCGAAAACAAUCAUUUAGUACUUUUAAGGAUAGAGAUGCCGGAUACGGAUUAUCAGCGUAGUGAAUAUGCCAUCAUUAGUACGAAAAGAACAGAUGACUUGGAUAUUGAUCACUCAAUUGAGUUAGUCAACAAGGAUAAUAAGAGUAAAUUAAAUAUUUGCAUCAACACAGUUGAUAUACCUGAUUCAGGAGGAGCUAGAAAGUAUAGUAUCUUCAGUCCUUAUGUUAUCUUGAAUAAGACAGGCCUACCAAUCAGCUUCAAGGAGAAACUUGCUUGGUCUGAAGCAUUUUAUUCAACUAAUGAAAAUAUCGUCAUCAGUCGACCAGGACCUACACCUGAGCCAUUUUUAUAUUCUUAUCCCAAUAUUGAUAAUCGUAAUCGAACAUUGAUUCGAGUGGAUACAACGGAAUGGAGUCAACCAUUGAGUUUUGAAGCUAUUGGUACUGUUUAUGAUGUUGCUCUACCAAAUCAAGGUCAUUCAGAAGAAAUCCAUGUUGGUAUUCAUGUACAAGAAGGACAGGGUAAAUUUAAGCUGACAAAGACGAUUACGAUUACACCUCGGUUUGUAUUAAGCAAUCAAAUGGAUGAAAAUAUCCGUUAUCGUGUACCUGAAACUAAAUCAGAUUAUAUCUUGGAAGCUAAACAACGAAUUCCGCUUUAUAAUAUGCGCGUUCAGAAUGAAAAGCAAUUGACAAUCAAACUGGAAGGUUAUAGUAACGCCUGGUCUGCACCAUUCAAUAUUCAAGAUAUUGGUGAUGUGCACAUUCGACUUUCAAAUAAUUUUAAUGAACAAGAUACGCUGGUCAGGGUGACUACAGUGAUUCAAGAUGCGAUUAUUUUCAUUGUCUUGAACAAGGAAGAUCAUUGGCCCUAUUUACUAGUGAAUAAAACCGAUGAAGAUAUCAUAUUUUAUCAAGAGGACCCCGUUGGUCUCAGAGAUGAUUAUAGUUCAAUACCUGUUCGUAAUCCACGUAUAAAACGAUAUCGUUUACCUGCUCAACAAACGGUUCCUUAUUCUUGGGAUUUACCUGAUUAUAAAGAUAAGAAAAUUAUAGUGAAUAUUAAUGGAAGAGAACGAAGCAUCAAUUUACAAGAGAUUGGUAGUAUGUUACCUUUCCGUCAUACAACGCGUGAUGGGAAACAAGUCAUCACGUCCAUUGAUACAAAGAUGGUUGGUACAACACGUGUACUUGAAUUGACACCCUUCAGCCAAAGUGAAAGCCAUUUCAAACCUGUCUCCUCCUCCUCCUCCUCCUCCUCAGGUCAUCUAUCUCGCGUAAGCUCAGCGAGUUCAGUGACCUCUGUUGAUUCAGUGACUAAGGAAGGAUUCGAGGCAGUAGAUAUAGACAUGACUAUAAACGCUAUCUUCCAAAUUCAAUUAAAAGAAGUAGGCAUCUCGUUAAUCAAUCAACAGUUACAGGAAAUAGCUUAUGCUACCCUUAGAGGUAUUAAUCUAAAACUGACGGAUUCUAAUUUAUAUCAUUCAUUACGUUGGAAUAUUGAUUGGGUACAGAUUGACAAUCAAAUGUAUGGAUCCGUUUUCCCCAUUCUGCUUUAUCCUACCAAUUUGACUAAUAACGGUGGCAAUCGUAAAGAGAAUCAGAUAUUACCUACUGUCCAGAUGGCUUUAGAUCGUGUCAAGGAUGACUCACAUGGUGUUAUUUACUUUAAAUAUUUUUCUAUACUAUUACAAGAAAUGAGUAUUGAAAUAGAAGAAUCAUUUGUGUAUGCAAUUAUGAAUUUUAUACAUAUUGAAGGUCCUAAAACCGGACAAAAGGAAGAAGAAGAACAUAGCAAAUUAUGGGAAUUUACAACUGAUAUCCCUGAUAUCAAACCAGAGAAUAACAUUGCUCAAAUGUACUUUGAAGUAUUUAGUAUUCAACCGAUUCGAUUUAAUCUAUCCUUCUUGAGGUCAGGCCAAGAUAGCACAUUCAAUAACGCUCAGCAGUCUGACUCAGCUUGGGCCUAUAUCCUGAAUGCACUCACCAUGACAAUCGGUAAUAUCAAUCAAGCCCCCCUAAGAUUUAAUGCCUUGGCUAUUGAGAAUGUGAUGGCGAGUGGUGGUGAUUUUGCUAAUCGUAUCCUAUUACACUACAGUGAUCAAUUUAUUUAUCAAGUCUAUCGUAUCCUUGGUUCAGCAGAUUUCUUGGGUAAUCCUGUAGGUUUAUUUAACAAUCUUAGUUCGGGUGUUGCUGAAUUAUUUUAUGAGCCAUGGCAAGGUUUGAUUAUGAGUGAUAGACCACAGGAUUUAGGUUACGGUAUUGCAAAGGGUUUUGGUGGAUUUAUCCAAAAGAGCGUAUAUGGAGUCACAGAUAGUUUUACGAAAUUUACAGGAAGUAUUGGAAAAGGAUUAUCAGCAGCUACAAUGGAUAGAGAAUACCAAGAUCGUAGACGAAUGAAUAUGGCCAAGAAUCGACCUAAGCAUGCCCUGGUUGGUGUCACUCAGGGAGCAACGUCUUUUGCAAAUAGUGUUGCAAGUGGAUUUUCUGGCCUUGUAACACGGCCCAUGGAAGGAGCAACAAAAGAAGGAGUAGGUGGAUUCUUUAGAGGUUUUGGAAAAGGACUUGUUGGUGCCGUUACAAAGCCUGCUAUUGGAUUCUUGGAUUUUACAAAUAAUGUAACAGAAGGCAUUCGGGCAACAACAACGCCAACAGAUACAAAUAUGAUUGAAAGAGUACGUUAUCCUAGAUAUAUUAGUCCCGAGGGGACGUUAACGCCUUAUUCAUCACGUGAGGCGAUUGGACAAUAUUGGCUUAAGGACGUUGAAGGUGGUAAAUACAUGGAUGAUACGUAUCUUUCACAUUGUCAUGUACAAAAUGAUGAACGUGUAGCCAUGUUGACGAAUCAUCGUUUAAUGCUUAUACUAACUCGAAAACUGGUUUGUGAAUGGCAAGAACCGUUUACAGAAAUUCAGACGAUUAAGCGUGAACCCACGGGUAUUGCCAUCUACUUGAGAAGUAGAAGUUGGGAACCCUUUUUGGUCAUUUCAGAUAAAUAUAAUAGAGAGGAAUUUUUCAAAAAGAUUGAGGAAGCAGUUAUCAAAUAUAAUUCGUCACGUCGUCCUCAACAAUAA